AUGCGAAACUGUGGAUUUGCUUGCGCCACAAUUAUUUAUGCCACUUUGUCAUUUAUAAUUGUUGACGUCUCCAGCUCUGUCAUAUGUCCGUCAGUAUUCGAAAAAGGAAUUCCGUUCGACGUUUACGGCGGACCACUCUUUCCAGUCAGUACAUAUGACAAAGAUGCUAAAAAAUUUAUAACCCCACUUUUUGUUGAACUCUAUGCUCCUUUAGCCAAAGGUUUAAUGGCUGAGCUUAAGAAGUCCAAUGCAAGUAUAUGUCUGCACGAUGAGCAUCCAUACUGCGAGUUCGGCUUUCAAAAUAUUACCCAAACAAUGCUUGAUUUGUUAUAUCAAAACAAGGAAUUUAUACCCCGAAUAAAUAUGUGGGGCACAUUUAGAAUUGACUUUUGGGGAGUUGCAGCACUGGACGACAUAAAACUCACCGAAGUGCUUCUACAAAGACGGACCAUUAUGGUGGCUUGUCUUCAUUGGUGUCAUGCAAUGCUGGCCAUGCCUGAAAGCGAACGUCCAAUGAUGAGUUAUCUCUGUCCAAAUCCCUGCAAACAACCUGGUCUUUGUAUGUCAGCGGUGGAUGAACAGGGAAGUUGUUACUUGACCGGUGAAGGCUUCUUUCAGCACCAAUAUGCUUGUAAGUGCAAGCCUGGAGGUACGUGGAAUGCGGCGAUUGGAGCUUGCGUAAGUGACGCUGAUCCAUGCGAGAAUAAGAAAAAUCCGCCUUGUUUUGCAGAAGGCACGGAAAUAUGCACUUUUGAUCGUGAAUCUGGGGUGAGUUCGGUUGAAUUACUUCAUGUUCAAGUUCAAUUAUUCGAACCUUCUUCUGAUGCUAUUAAGUAG